GACCCGCUUUCCCUUCUCCUUCCUCGUCGCCUUCCUAUUUAUAGCUCCCACUCUCGAGCUCCAAAAGAACUCAAGCUCGCAGCUUAUCACACUACACAGAGCUCUUACAACUACUUGGAGCUUCUUCUGCGAGCAGCAAAACCAAAGGGAAUACAACAUCAUCAUCAUCCAUGGCCAAGCAAAAGGUGGUGCUGAAGCUCUGCAUGGAAGAUGCCAAGAAGCGCUCAAAAGCUAUGCAAUGUGCCGUCGGAAUGCACGGUGUUUUGUCAGUGUCGCAUGAGGGGGACAAGAUGACCGUGGUGGGCGAAGAGAUUGACUCGGUGGCAUUGACGACGCUACUGCGAAAGAAGAUGGGGUGUGCCAAAUUGGAGUUGGUAACUGCAGUUGAGGAGAAAAAGGAGGAGAAGAAGGUGAAGGUGGAGACAGAAGUAAAGAGCAAUAUCCAACCAGUGAUUUUGCCCUAUUAUUAUGGACAAUCUGUGGGAGCCAUCACUCAACCGCCCUACUACUAUGUGGAUCACAGUUAUGAUCAAAAUAGCUGCUCUAUCAUGUAAAAGCUGUUUUAUUUUUAUUUUUUUUCUUUUUUAAAUCCUUUCUGCUCUUGCAAAGUUAUGGGUGUGCCUUUGUGAUACAAAUAAGAACCGUCAAGAUUAGGAUUGGGUUGCCUUUCAAUAUACUUUCCUGUAAAUUUUGAUGUUUUAAAUACAAUAGCCUGUAUGAGUUUAAUGAUAUGCUUGAUAUGAAGGAAUUUCCUACUCCAAUCAA